AUGUAUCCUACUGGGGAACGGAGCAAACCUUCCGAUUAUUUCAAAAUCCGAUGGCCGUGGGAAGGUGCUGCGAUUUUGAAUUUGGAUAACAAAACUGAGGUCGGCAUGAAAGCGCCCCCGAAGACCAAGACAGGUGUGAAAGUACCCCUUGAAGUCAGCACGAAGGCCCCCCCUGAGGCCCAAGUAAAAGUGUCCCCUGAGGCCCAAGUGAAAGAUUCUGCCAAGGCCAAUGUGCAAGCCUACCCCAAAGCCAAUAUGGGAACGCCCUCCAAAACCGGUGCCAAAGCACUCCCUGAAGCUGCCAUUGAAACAGCCCCCAAGACCAACGUAGACGCUCCCAUGGAGGCCCACAAGGAAGCACCCCGCAAGGUGGAUGUAGAAGCUCCCCGGGGUGCCAUUGUAAAAGUGCACCCCUGGGCUGUUGUAGAAACGGUCCCCAAGACCAACAAGGCAGCACCCCUCAACACUGAUGUGAAAGCUCUCUCCAGGACUGGCACACAAGCUCCCCCAAAGACCGAUCUGGAAGCUCCCCCGAGUGCCGGUGGAGAAGCACUCCGCAAUGGUGACGUGGAAAAGCCCCUGAGAGCCAAAGUGAAAAUACCUAAGAGGGUUUGUGUGGUAACCUCCCGUGAAAGUGAAUUCCUUUGCCAAGAAGUGUCUAUCACCAAACAUACCGUAUUACAGAUGGCCAUCUUCUGCAAGUGGGUGCCGUCCACCUUCUCCCAUCAACUUGCUCUGUCUUACGAAGUAAUUCCUGUUCAUAGUACUCUGUAUAUGCCAAAUGCAUUAAUAACUACUGCCAAAAAGAAAAAAGUAGCCAUUUCUAAAACCACUAACAGACCUGAGUCUCUGGGCCAAAAAAGUGUCACUGGUGGAGAUGCUAAAAGCACACCUGGGGCUACGAAUGCACGGGCGGCAACAAAAAGUGUGACAGAAAAAAGACGUCUGGCUCAAGAACAACGAGAAAAAAAGGAAGAGGCAGAAAGAAUAAGAAAAGAAAUGCAGGAUAGGUCAAAAGCAGAUGAUAAGGGAAAGACACCAGAUGCUGCUUACAAACGAGAGAAAGAACGUGAAAGACUUACGCUGCAAAAUUUGCAAGAAAGAUUAGAAAGGAAAAAGAGAGUAGACGAAAUUAUGAGCAGGACAAGGAAAAGCCACACAAACCCUUCCAAAAUAAUCGCCUUCCAAGAGAUUUGGCCAAAAUGCCAGGAAAACCUAGUAGUAGGAGUGCCUGGGUCUGCCUCUGGGUGGCCAGCCGUGAAGAAAAUGGUUAGCCACAGUGACAAAACCCUGAACUCACACGAGACAGACCACAUAGUGGGAGCUGCCAAAAGCCCUACUAAUAAGCCCCAAGACUGGAUAUGUGACAAAGCUGUCGAAAUAGUUGGCCAGCAAGGGCCUAUCCGGGAGAGUUUCACAAACAGUCACUAUCGAUAA